AUGGCUGACAAGGACCAAAUUAUUCAGGCCUUACGUGCAACUCUUAUUUCAGUUAAGGGAGCAUUGACUCUAAAAGAGUGUAACCGUGAUUACAGAGAACUGCAAGGGGAGGCUAUACCUUAUAAACGAUUAGGAUAUUCAUCACUUGAUAAAUUAUUCCAAGAUGUCCCUGGUUUUAAAUUAAAAGAAAUAAAUGGGGAGUGGUAUGUUGAUGCGAUUGCAAGUCGAGAGACUCAACAUAUAGCAACAAUGGUAUCUCGACAAAAAUCUAAUAAAAAGCCAGCAAAGUUGAACUCUCCAGGUCGUUUUCCAAGAGCCAAACAAGGGUCAUGGAGGAAGCCUACUUCAUUAUCAAGUUAUGAAUCUAACUGUAAUAACAUGUUGUACAGAGCUAAAACACCAUAUAAUAAUAACAAUAACAGCUAUAAUGGCAAAUUUAACAAAUAUAGUAAAUCAUUUGAAACGAAAACGAAUACUCAUCAUAAUUCCAAGCAGCCAUUGAUGAGAAAUACGAGCACAAAUUAUGACAAAAGUGCUGUAAAUUCCAAGAGCAAUAUGCAAAUAAAACCGGAAAUCACUUAUAGUGCAGAGACUAAGCAUUCCACAAAAAAUGAAAAAGAGACUGACUUUAGGAGUUCUAGUAAAACACCAGCAUCAGAAAGACUAACAAAUUUUAUGGAUAGACUGAAUACAGUUGAUCUGAUUCCAUUGCAACUGCCAGCUCAUAAGGAACAAUGUGAUUCUACUAAUUUUUUGGUAGAAAAUGAUACAGUAUCACAUGCAGUGGCAUGUAGUUUAGAACCUCCUCCCGAUUCAACAUCAGCUAUAGUACGACUGGAAUGGAUUUGUAAGGAGCUGGGUCUACCGCAACCAGUUUUUAAAGUUCAAGAUCUGAGUAGUCUAAAAGAAGGCCCAGACUAUGCUUGUAAGGUCCAGGUUGGUUCGUAUUUAGAAUCAUCAUACCCAGAACCUUCGUCAUCUGAGGAAAUAUCAAAAGAACUUGCAUCUGAGAAAAUGCUCCACGCUAUUCAGAGUUCUGACGCGGGAAGGCUUCCUACAUCUUCUAAUAAUAAAGCGCUGCUUGGUCUAACCGAAGUUGUGUUUGAACACGAAGCAGGUGUUUGGGCUAGCCAUGUUCCCCAUUUAUACAGAGAAAAGUAUAAAGAAAACUUACCCAAAAAUUGGCUGGAAUUAGUAGAGAAAUGUCCAAAGAUCAUAAUGGAAAAAGUUUUAAAUAGGCGUGUAUUGAUAUUCCGUAUUUCUGAGAUAAACGACAGCGUAGCUGAAUAUAUGGAUAACGAUUUGCCACCUUUACAAUUUCCCAAAGAGGACUUUUGGAAUGUUUUUAUCACGGUCGCUAAUUCCAGUAUAGAAAUUUGGCUUCGGAUUAUAGGACCACAGUAUAGUGAUCAAUUUGAAACACUUCUUGCGGACAUGGCGAAGUAUUACGAGUUUACUGGAACAACUAUAGAGAAAUCUAUGAUUUUAAUUAACGCUUGGUAUGCCGUGAAUUUAGAGGACGGUGGAUGGCAGCGCGCUAAAAUCAUGGAGAUUCAAGACGAUACAGCCACUGUGUUCCUUGGAGACCACGGGGAUGAUGAUGUCGUCUAUCUUAAUCAAAUAAAGGUCCUAGAGCCGCAAUUCAGGCGACUACCUGCUCAAGCAAUCCUAUGCCGGUUGGAUGGUGCCGAGGAGUUGUCAGCUAGUACUACAGGUGAUGAGCUGGUCGUGCAACGGUUACCGGGAGAGGUUUUGGUGGCCGCUCCUGGACCUCGCACUGACCCAAAUGACCCAGCAGUGGCAGUGGUCCUAUUUGACACCUCUACACAACUUGACCUUAACCUCAAUAAAGAGAUAGUGCACGACUUUUGUAUUGCUGGCGGAUUUACACUGACUAAGGAGUUAUGCGAGGUAGAAGUGGGGUGCGUGACUGAUGAUGGGCGUGUGUGGGUAUCUCGCGUUGGCGGACCGGCCGUAGUUCGUAACGCCCUGGCAUUACUAACGUCGGGACCUUACCGCCGGCCAUUGCCCGCAGCACCUCAAGCGCCCCCGACGCAACCCGGGACUCUAUACAUCGUGCGUACCUUCGCUGGCGACUGGGUUCGAUGUACGAUUAUCAGCGGCCUAGACGGAGAAGGCACGGUUCGUACGCAAUUAGUGGACAGCGGUCUCGUUAUGCGUGCACCACUUUCAUCGCUCGUGCCCUUGAAGUCAUUCUCGUCGGCGCUUAACGUCUACCCUUAUCAGGCGCGUCAAGUGCGCUUGGGCGGGGCCGAACAAGCGGCGAGCGCAAUGGUGGAGCGUCUUCGCGAGCUGCUAAUCGAUCAACCCGUGUUGUGCCGCGUCGCGCCCGACAACACGAACGCGACACCCACCCACGUGGAACUCUUCGUACGAACCACGCCACAGCGACUACUGGUCUCCGUCAACCAUUCUAUCAGCACUGAGUAUGUUCAUCGGCAAGGGCCAAAGAGUGUGGUCCCGGCUGAAGAUAAGACACGUCCCUUACCGCCGCCGGCGCUGCCUCCUGUUGGACAAUGCUUCGAUGUUCAAAUUGCUAUGGCAGCUAAUCCAUGGAACUUUGUUGUGCAGCCAAAUAGUUCUAGACAUAGCCUCCAAACAAUGAUGGCUGACUUACAGAACGAAUGUCCUAAAAUACCUGAGGAUGAAAUACCAACUAAUCCAACAAGCGGUGAACUUUACACUGGUUAUUAUGAAAAGGACUCUUCUUGGUAUAGAGUAAUCAUAGCGAGCAGCGUGAUAUCCGACCGCGUGUCCGUGUACUUUUGUGACUACGGCGAUCUGGCGAUGUGUCCCAUUCGUGCAUUGCGUCCCGUGCCUGCCACCGUGCCACUUGCCAGGACAUUACCGCCGCAGGCUAUCAAAGCGCGCCUUUAUGACGUAUGGCCGCUUCACCAAGACUGGAGUGUAGAAGACUGUAUUAGAUUCCAAGAGUUAUGUGUUGAGCAGCAAUUUGUUGGUAUUUGUAAGGAAGUCGGCAAAGACCCACUCAACCCCAGUGAGCCUUUAUUGACCUUAGACCUAAUAGACACUUCCACUGAUGAAGAUGUUUAUUUAAACAAACAACUUGUAGCUGAAGAAAGAGCACGGUUGGGUUCUGCUUCUACAUCAGAAGUAUAA